AUGACUCACAGCGGAGAGGACCCUUUGGCGAACGACAAGCAGCAAGUGCCGGCAAGCACGCGGGUACCCUUGCAUCCGAUAGCUAUUAAGCCAAAGCCGACGGCCAAGGCAGGCGCGUCGGGAACCGGUGGGACGCCGAAAGCUGUGCAGAUGGCGAAGGGCACGUCGAUGGUGGCCAACAAGGGCUCGGAGGAGAUUGUGCUGACCACCUCGAAAAACUGGAUUCUUCCCCCCCGGCCGAAAAUCAAGAAGGGGAAAGCACAAAAGGCGGCAGCGGAGACAAAACACAUAAAAAAGAACGACAAACCAGAAAAGCCCAAGGUGAAUUCACAAAUACACUCAAACAUCAACCUUUACACGAACAACCAGUUGGAUUUGAAAGUGCAGCUCCAGAACGUGACCAAGGAGAACGACAAUUUGAAGAAGAUACUGGUGAAGCUAAAUAAGGAGAUCGACAACCUGAGACUGGUGAAGAACGACGGGGCGACGACGGAGGCGCUGAUGAGCCGAACGCCCUCGAUGCCGGAACUGGAUGAGGCCACGACGAUCGACCCCAUCAAUCUCAGCUACAAUCUGGAGAGCAAACGGGUGAAAAAGAGCGCUGAUUCAAAAAGGAAGAGUCCCGGCGUGGUGGGAGUGGGCAUCGGCCCACUUUCGGAGGUCGCUGUGUCGUCGAAAGAUAUUCUACUGAGCACUGCCAGGAGCAAGAAAAAGCCCGACAGCAAGGCCGACGAGGUGAGCCAGAAGGCGCAACUGUUGCUGGCGGAGCAGAUGCGCCAGAAACAGCUGCUGCUGGAGAAACAGCGCCAGGAACAGGCGCAGAAACAGCUGCAUCCGUGCGGUGUUUGUCCGGUCUCGGGCAGCUGUGUUUGCGGCGAUCUGAGCGACCUGACGAGCGAGUGGAUGGGUCGCGCGUUCGACGACGUCGAUCUUCUGGCUCUAGAGCCACCUGCCGCGGCAGACGAGUUCAAGUUUGGCAACGAUUUCAUGAUGUACGAAUAA